ACUACCUUCCAUCCUCGUCUCGACUCUCUUCACAACACACUCUUCUCGUUGUAUAUCAUUCACCAUGGCCGAAGUCCUUCCCGCCAACACCAUCGAAAUCAACGACGCCAUCUUCUGCCAGCACCUCAAGGAAGUCUGCACCGAGUGCCAGUAUGACGGCCGGGAAGAGAACGAUGCCUUUUACGGGUUCGACCCCAUCGACCGCGACGGCCUCGAAGCACCCACCGUGACCACGACCAAGGACGGUGUCUACCAGUGCAAGAAGCAUGGCUCAGCCGAGUGCACCCAGUGCUUCGGGUGGAAGAAGCAGAUAACGCGCGCACGCGCAGCCGCUAAGAAAGCGGGUAGGAAGUGAUUCUCCCGUAUAUGAACACUACCCUUUAUCCAAUGUACUACCAAUCCAAUGAAUGUAUCAUAAACGCGCG